AUGCAAGAUGCCAGCGGAAUGAUCGGCCGGACAGAGGCUAGGGCGAAGGAACCCCUUCCCACCGCGUCCUUCCCUGUGUAUCGGAGAUAUAAAGCGAGUGCACCGGAAAAGAACGGGAACUGGGUCGAUCUAUUGCGAAGCAUCCGAAGCAUAACUGCACACUCACACAAUCUUUGCCGAGAGAUAGGAGCAUUCGGUGGAACCGGUGAACUACACUUGCUUCUGGAUAGAUGUGUGGGACAGAGGGCUCGUGGUACCUUCUGCCCACCCUUCCUCCUCUGCUUUGAGAACUGUGUGAACGGAGAGUGGGCAGAAGGGAAGGAGGUCCUCAUACAGAGAAAAUCAGGGAAUGGGUCGAGAUAG